GUGGAGCGGCCACGAGGUGACUAGCCUAGGUAAAAUUGAAACACUCUCUGGGUUUCUUAUCUUCCGCCGGUCGAGGAAUGUCGAAAAGGGGAAAGAGAAAGGACGACGAUGACUAUGUCUCCGAUGAGGACGCUCCUGCGAAGAAAACCUCCAAGAAGGACUCCGACUCCGACGACGACAUCGUCAUCUGCGAGCUUUCAAGGAAUCGGAGAGUAUCUGUGAGGAUUUUUCAAGGAAAAGUCGUCGUAGAUAUUCGGGAAUUUUAUGUCAAAGAUGGAAAGCAAAUGCCUGGCAAGAAAGAAGAUGCUGAAAAAUGGAGAAUCAAAAACACCAGUACACACAUACACAGACGCAGACUCAGUGAGAGUGUGUGCGCUUGCCUCUCCUGUAAUGGUUCUGCUUCCUCUUCCGAUGGCUUUAAUGUCUGCUGGUUCUUCAUCUUUCCAGUUGGUCUUUGACAAUGGCGAUCUGCUGUUGUGCUUUUGAAUCCUUUUGCACUAGGUUUGGUUCUUGUUCUUCUUCACACAUCUUCACCCUUCUCUCAUCUCAUAACUCACCCUUGUCUGAAGAAAAUUAGCUCUAUGCGAUACAGUUCAUGUACCCGCACCUGUGUUGUUUCAUGUUUUGUGGCACAAGUACUUCCCCAAAAUUGGACAAUCCAGAUUAAAAAAGAAAGAAAAGUUUGAAAAAAGAAGAUAUGAGUAUAUGUAAAUUAUAUCCAUUCCAAGUUUUGAUAUAUGGGGAUACUGUUGAUGUAUUUAUCUUAUGGUUUUCUUAGAUUUUGAAUUGUUUGCUGGUCUAUUAAUAAACAAAUCUUCCAAAGACUUAUGCCCCCCCCCCCCCCCACAAUGUCUAUUUGUUACUCCUUUUUUUUUAUGUUUUUGUCAACAUUAUGGUGGAUAUCGAAAAGGAAACAAAAAGAAGAUAGUUUUCAAAACUUUGAUAUUGAAAUUAUUUUGCUUCAAUAAAAUUCUGACCUCUAAUUAUAUUUCACCCAGUAAUAUAUAUCAUCAAAACUAUUUAUUAGUAGAAUAUCGUCCACUACUUAUUAGAAGAAUUAACAAUUUUUUUUUUUCAUUCAUAGGCAAGUAAUUCAAUGGUAUGAGUAUAUUUUUGCUUCAGAAUACCUGUAAAGAUGGGAAAGCUCUGGACUUUCAAUUUCAAAAUCCAUUCUUAUUUAUUGAGCUGUUACCUUUUGGCAAUUAUCCUUACAACGUUACAAGUAAUAUUAAUAUUCCAAUGAACUUAAUUAAAGCAUCUAUCAAAGGAUAGAAAAGGGAUAUCGAGGUCCAGUUUGUAUCUCUAGAGCUAAAUGUUUAAUCCCCCGGCCAUUGUCAGGCAGAGAACUCUCCGAUGCCUAAGAUUAAUUUGAGGGGAUGCACAAGUGUAAAGGAGGGGGGGAUAUUUUUUCAUUCUUUGACCCGCGUGGAUAAAUUGCUUGGGCUAGAUAAACUGAUGGCAAAUGGCAAUACCUACAGAACUGCAAGGCAAAGCAUUAAGGAAGUUUGUCUCUUCUGACAAACAAUUUCGGUGUGCUAAUUACAUUAUUAGAGAUCUUUCAAAAAUGCAUCAUAUAGUUAUGGAAUAUUUUGUUUUGAAAAUUUGUUGUACUCUCUCUGUCGUGCAAAUAUAGUCCGCUACGGAAAGACCUACAAUUUUUAGAUAAUAAUUAAAGUACUUCCAUGCAUAAUUUUCCAAAUUUCUUUGAACCAAGUUAAAGAACUAGUUGAGAUCUUUAAUAUGGUUAUAUUUUCAUGAAACAUGAUGAUAUCAUUUAACUUUUGUGACUUCUUGCUUGAUUAUCUCAUCGUUGUUACUUCUUACCCACAAAUGAAUAGGAAGUGAGGCAAGGGUAUUUUGCGAACUUUCGGGGCGCAGGCUGCUGUCCCAGAGGGGCGAUAGUAAACCAACAAAUUGGAAUGGUAUUUCCAGAGUGUUUUGAUUGGAAUUCUUUGAUAGAAAAAAAGAGCGUUUGGAAACGUUUUGAACAACAAACUACUUUUGUGGAUCGACUGGUAAAUCAAAACCGACAGUAAAGCAUUUUUAACGUGUCUACACCCACAAGAAUUUCCUAAUGCUUUCUUUCAUUCCUGUAGCUUUUCUUAGUUUUUUUUAAUUUUGUUUAUUUCCCGUAUGAGCUACUUCUUAUGUGUUCCCUUGCCUUCAUUCGUACUUUGGCUAAUCAAGCUGAUGAUAAAGUUGCAAUAUAAGUGAUAAAUAAUUAACUGUGAAGUACUCACAUGCAUUCUGGGAUGACGUACCGGUGUUCCGCAUCUGGAGCACAAAUAUGUUCAGACACGUCUUGGACACAUGUCUACCACAUCUAGGCACACGCCUCAGAGUCCUGGACACAGGUCAGACAAAGACCACUUCAGACAUGCUGUUGUCCCUGUCUGCCUGUCCCAUAAUUUCAUGCUCAUUUCUACUGGCGAGGGUCCAGGGGACAUGAAAGAGUUGUUCCAAGGACAUCAAUGUAGAUGAAGAUGAACUAAGACAAAUAGACUUUCCUAGGAACCUCGCUCCUAUUGAGAAAGGAACCCGCUCUCAAGUAGGAUAAAUUCUCUUAGGCUUAUAUAUCCCCAAAGAAACAGAAGUGAAAGAUAC